GGCACAUGAUUAGGAUCUGGAGAGGUCUCACCAACCGUCACCAUCUGUGCUCUGGGAUUCCGUUCCCCUUCGAUUGUAUUAUACCUUCAGUCCAUAGCCAACGAUGGCAUCUUUCGGGGGCAGAGGUCCGGCAAAGCCCACCCUCGAAUAUAAACCACAGAUUCUCCACUCUCUUGGGUCGCGUACGAUCGAAGUCUGCAAUAAUCAGGUCAUUAAAUCCGGGGCUGGUUUGCGCAACCAUGAAGUCAGUAACAUGAAAUUUGUUGCUGAGCAUACUAUUAUUCCUGUUCCUCGGGUUCAUAGAGUUGAAAGAGACAAAGAUGGCAAAGUCCUCAAGAUUUAUAUGGACUACAUGCCAGGGAAACCUUUGGAUAAAUCUUGGGCAACUAUGACUGAAAGUGAAAGGAAAUCUGUCGCUGAAGACCUGUGCAACUACAUAAACCAACUCCGCAAGUUGAAGGGGGGUUACAUUGGAGGCGCCGACCGUGGUCAGGCAGUCAUCGGCCAGCACGUAUUCCACGAAGGUGGGCCAUUUGACCAAGAAUUCCAAUUCAACGAUUUCCUUUUCUCGAAGAUAAUCUCAAGAGUCCCAAGCACUCUUCGGUACCAUGCAACCAAAACCUUUAAGGAAGACCACGAGAUCGUUUUCACCCAUAGUGAUACAGCCCCGAGGAAUAUCUUAGUCGAAGGUGGCCAUGUCACCGGUAUCUUGGACUAGGAUCACUCUGGCUGGUAUCCAGAAUACUGGGAGUACGAGAGGACUUACCGGCACUUUAAUGAUGUUCCUGACUGGCUAGAUUAUGUUGACAUCUUUCU